UAGCGAGAUUUCGAAUACAAGUUAUUGUCAAAAAUUGAACUACAAUCUUGAACAUUUCUUGGAAUGAAAAAAAAAAUUCAAAAAUACUUUUUUUGUUGCAAAAUGAUUUUUUGAUUUAAUUUUGUAGAACUUCUCAAUUGUCGGUAGAGAAGUACGACUAAAAAUAAAUCUGAAAAAAUGGAGAAUUAUCGAGAAGAGAAAGAAAGAGCGAGAGCAAAAUGACUGAACUUUGAGAGUCGGAUGCAUGUACAUGAAAAUGACAAGUUGAGAAAAAAAAGAAAAAAUUGCUAGUGUCCACCAUACUGUAAACUCUGCGCACGACCGAAUUGAACAGACGGACAUUCUCGUUUGAUAAAGAAGGAAAUAAAAACAACCGCGUUUGUGAAAACGUGAUGAUCGAAUGACAUAAAAUUUUUUGACAUAAAUACGACAUUGAAAGUUGACGUGUACGAGAAGGAACAGAGUGGAGAGAUAAAUGGUAGAUGUAAGAAUCUAAAAAAAAAAAAUGACUGAGGAGAAUCAUCAAACGGAAAGCAGUAGCAGCAGUACGAGAAGCAGUCCUCUGGUCCAGGCUGAAACCCAGGCAAAUCCACCACCAGAUCUUGUGGUUAAGAAUCGUGAUAUCAAGAAAGAAAAAUGUCGUGCUAUGACCAAAGUUGUUGUACGACGAUUGCCACCAUCUAUGAGUCAAACUCAAUUUGUGGAACAAAUAUCACCUCUGCCGGAGCACGAUUAUCUUUAUUUUGUCAAAGCAGAUAUGGCUCUUGGCCAGUACGCAUUCUCCAGAGCGUACAUAAAUUUUGUCGACCAACGCGAUAUUUUUAUAUUUCGUGAAAAAUUUGACAAUUAUGUAUUUGUUGAUGCCAAAGGGACUGAAUAUCCAGCGGUCGUCGAAUUUGCUCCGUUUCAGAGAUUGCCUAAAAAACGAGUAGGCAAAAAAAAGGAUGUCAAGUGCGGAAGCAUCGAAACGGAUCCUUAUUAUAUCAGUUUUCUGGAAAGCUUACAAAAUUCUGAAGGCGAUUCUGCUACUGCGCAACCAAAGACAGAAUAUUCCUACCAACCUGUUGACAAUACUCUGAAAAAGGUUACUACGACCCCUUUGUUGGAAUAUUUAAAACAGCGAAAGCAAGAAAAACAGAGACUCAAAGAUGAAAAACGAGAAGAACGUCGUCGACGCGAUCUCGAAAGACGUCGAGCAAAAGAUGAGCCGACCAUUUCUAAGGUAUUGAAGAAUCCCGAAAUGGAGAAAGAAUCCAAUCGUGAGAUGAAAGAAUUGUUAAAAGAUGAGAAAGAAAAGCAAACGUCGAAAGAAACGAAGUCACGUAACAAGAGGGAAGAAAAAGGUCGAGAGAAAGGUAGCGGCGGUGUUGGUGGUCGUGACAGGGAUGGAAAAUUGCAAAGUAAACAGCAACAGGCAUUGAACAGAGAGAGAGGAGGGGAGGAAAGGAACAGAGAUUCGAAACAUCAGAAACGAAACGAGGAAAAAAGAUUUCACGGUAAGAAAGAGGAGAAGGAUAGAGAAACAGUAAUAAAAGAUCAAAAUUGGUACGAGAAUAAAUACGGGAAGAAGGAUAGAAAUAAAAAUGACCCGAAGGAUGAUGCGACCGAGAUGAGAGAUAGAAAAUUCGAGGAUAGAGAGAAUACAAAGGAGGAUAGGAAAUACGAGGGUAAAUAUGGAAAGAAGGAAAGAAAAAAUGACGCGAGAGACGAUGCUACAGAUUCUAAAGAAAAGAAACUCGAGGAGAAACGUGGCAAAAGUUACGAGAAAAUGAGAUUGGAGAAAAAAAAAUUGGCCGAGAGUAAAAGGGCCGCUGGUGGAGGUGGUGGUGGUGGUGGUGAUGCAAGUACCAAAGGAAACUCAAGUAGGCUGGGUACAAACAAGAGAGAAGAGCGUGAGACUCUGGAGAAGAAAGAAAAAAAUUCAGAUAUUUCACAAAUUUUGAUCAAAUCAACAAUUUCCGACGAGCCUUCAACGAGUGACAAUUUAGCUGUUGACUCUAGAGAUCAGCGAGAUAUUUUAGAAACUGGAAGAUCACGAUCUAGAUUGGAACUUGAUUUGGCAGGAGAAACAUUGAAUCAACGAAAAGAUCAGGACUUUGAUGGAGAAACACGGUCAAAGUUUCACGAGAGCGACAGUAUCGAAGACGAUGAGUGUACGGUAAUGAAAAAACAUGCGAAAAUUGCUCAGAGAAGAAGUUCACUGGAAAGUGGGGCGGAAGGUGGUGGAGGUGAUGAUGGAAAUCGUUUGAGACGCCACAAAUCUCUGGACGGUGGAGAACACGAAAAUUCACGUAGAAAUGAUAAUCAUUAUAAAACUAAGAACAAGAAAGACCCACGUUUGGAACGAAGAAUCCGCAAUAAGGAUCGACCGGCAAUGGAAAUUUAUCGUCCGGGAAUGGGGAAAUUCAGCAAACAACGUUUAGAACGUGAAAAAUCAAUGAAUGACGAUAGAGCUUCGCUUUCCCAAAGUCCAACGCCUGUUGGACCUUCUAGUUCCUCAAACAAUGUGAAACCAUCUUGCAAACAGCAGUCAUCGAGUGGUCAACCAACUGCCUCGUCUCCGUCGAGCGAAGCGCGUUCGAUGUCAUUCAAACGCAGUGCAAGUCGGGAUCUACCGUAAAUACGACGAAUAACGGAAGAUACAAUUGAUAUGACUGUGGUGUGCACCGACAGCUUUGAUUUUUUUUUCUAAUAAAAAACAAAAGAGGAAA